AUGAGCCAAAAGAACAACCAACCGAACGUGUCCGAAGAAGCAACUGGAGGAGAAGUUUCGCUGUCGGAUAUGAUGCGGCAAAUGGCACAGCAAAACAGCCAGCUGCUGAUUCUUCUGGAACAUUUCACCGGAAACCAGCAAGAAGCACCACCCCAGCGAAGCGCUCCAGAGAAAAUUCUGGAAUCCCUUGCGUCAAAUGUAAAGGAAUUCCACUUCGACCCGGAAAAUGGACUGACGUUUGACCGUUGGUUUUCGAAGUACGAGGACCUAUUCAGGCAGGAUGGCAGAGAUUUGGACGAUGCUGCAAAACUGAAGCAAAUUUUCGGUCAGCAAAAAUCCUUGUUCAGCAAGCGCUAUGACUGUCUCAAGCUGGAGAAGAAUGAAACCGACGAUUUCGUUUCGUAUGCCAGAAUCGUCAACCGGCAAUGUGAAGAUUUUGAAUUGCAGAAGCUAACUGUUAACCAAUUCAAGAGUUUAGUUUUCAUCUGCGGUCUCAAAUCAGCGAAAGACGCCGACGUCAGGACACGGCUCCUAGCAAAGCUCGAAUCAGACCAAGCUGACACCAUCAACCUGGAAGGGCUGGUCACCGAGUGCCAACGACUGUCGAAUCUGAAGCACGACACGGCGUUGGUCGAGAAGAAACUUACAUCUUCAACGGUGCAAGCAGUUCGGCACACAAAGCAGCCGAACAACCAAACAAAGUCAUCAGCAGACGGUAAGUCACCACCAUCGCCGUGCUGGCAGUGCGGAGCGAUGCAUUUCGUGAAGGACUGUCAGUUUUCCAAGCACUUUUGCAAGCAGUGCGGAGAAAUAGGCCAUAAAGGAGGCUAUUGUGGUUGCUUCGCAACACCAUCAAGCUCGAAGUCCGUUGGGGACAAGAAGAAGAAAUCUUGCUCUACAAAGGUCAUCCAAACAGUGCAGCAGGUCAAUAGCCGCAGGAAGUACAUAUCAGUCAUUUUCAACAAGACUGUGGCAAAGUUGCAACUGGAUUGCGGUUCCGACAUCACCGUUAUAAGCCAUACAACGUGGAAAACGAUCGGAUCCCCUUCAUUCUCAACGAUAAGCGUGGAAGCAUCUACGGCUUUCCAGUCUUCACGAAAACAUGAGCGGCGCUGA